AUGCACCGUCACUAUGUCUUCUCCGUCUUCAGCGCCUCGACUCUACUCCUCGUCCUAGCCAAUUUGCUCGUGCCUGUCGCCAUCCUCACCUUUGCUGUCGGUUUCUUUCCCUACAAGCCCUUCCUGCCUGGUCUCGCCGAGUAUGAGCCGCUCCCCGAAUACGGAUCCCCCCCCGAUGCGCCGUUUGACCGCUUAGUGUUUAUGGUCAUCGAUGCCUUGCGCAGCGAUUUCGUCUACCUCAAUGGCUCCGGUUUUGAAUUCACGCAGAGACUGAUUUCUGAUGGAGUCGCCAUUCCCUUUACCGCCCGCGCGACGUCGCCGACCAUCACGAUGCCGCGCAUCAAGGCCAUCACCACCGGCUCGACUCCCUCCUUCCUCGACGCCAUCCUCAACUUCGACGAGGCUGACACGUCCUCCACCCUCGCCGCUCAGGAUACUUGGCUGGCGCAGAUGAAGGCGAAGGGGACGGGAAAGCUAGUCAUGUACGGCGACGAUACGUGGCUAAAGCUGUUCCCCGGCGUGUUCGAUCGCGCGGAUGGCACCUCUAGCUUCUUCGUCUCCGAUUUCACCGAGGUCGACAACAAUGUGACGCGACAUGUCCCCGGCGAACUGCGAAAUGACGACUGGAAUACCAUGGUUCUGCACUACCUCGGCCUCGAUCAUAUCGGCCACAAGACGGGGCCCCGGGGCCCGAAUAUGAUCCCAAAGCAGCGUGAGAUGGAUGAUAUAGUUCGGCAAAUCUACGAGGCCAUGGAAACGCAACCCCACCUCCAGUCAACCUUGCUGGUCUUCUGCGGUGACCACGGCAUGAACGACGCCGGUAAUCACGGCGCCUCUUCCCCAGGGGAGACCUCGCCCGCUUUAGUGUUUGUAUCACCCAAGUUGAAGGCUAUCUCGAAACCCGUCAAGGUACCGGCAGACUUCGCGGAGGAUUUCCAGUACUACGCCGUCGUAGAACAAUCCGACCUUGCCCCGACGUUAGCCGCCUUGCUAGGCUUUCCGGUGCCCAAGAACAGUCUGGGAUCCUUCAUGCUGGAUUUCCUAGAUUUCUGGCCCGAAAAACACGAUAAGCUCCAAAUACUUGUGCGCAACGCACGACAAAUCCUCGAUAUCGUUACGGCAACUUACGGUAACCCAUCCCCCGCGGGAAAGCAGCACAGCCCGAGCUGUCUUCACCCUGCCUCGAUAGCCGAAGAAUUGGUGUGUGAAUGGAGGCAUAUCAAUCACCCCGCCGAGAAGAUAUCAGCGGAAGACCAAGAAGACCUGUGGAUCGAGGAUGCGUCAAAGUGGCUUGUCAAGGUGCAAACCUUGAUGAGCGGUAUGGCUAGCAACUACGACAUGCCGAAGCUGCUAUACGGUGGGGUGGCCGCGGCAGCCGCCUCAGCCGCCGCAGUAUUGGCAGUUUUUGCUGCAGCUCCCAUAUCGAUCGCUGAUAUAGCGCCGCUAAGCCUAGUCACAGUGCUCUACGGCAUCAUGAUGUUUGCUAGUAGCUUUGUCGAAGAGGAACACCAUUUUUGGUACUGGGCCACUUCGGCGUGGCUCUUUUACCUUGCCAUUAGGUCGACGACAGUCAAGUCUCUCGCGGUAGCCUUAACCGCGCUAUGCGCCAUGCGAAUCGCCCGGGGAUGGAACCAGACUGGACAGAAAUUCGCCGGCGAGCCGGACAUCGUGACGAGCCUCCUGGCGCCGAAUCCGUCGCUGCUCUGGUUUCUCGUCAUCGCGACGUAUGCGGCGGUAUCCCGGGGCUUGUUUACGAGCCUUGGGGAUAUACCAACCGUCGUGUCAGGAUCGGUCGUCGCGGGGCUCGUCAUCUCGGCGAUGUCUUUCAAGCUCGCCUUCACCAACGAAGACGCACCCGAGCUGGUGGUCGGUUUUGCGAGGUUGCUGGCGAAUAUGUUUGAGGGCCCGCCGCUAGUCCAUCGCGCCAGGGCCGUCUUCCUUGGCCUGGGGCUCACAUUAAUCUACCCCCUGUAUAUUCUCGGGGUUCGGAGGACCACAAUCUCCAGAGACCAGGCUAUGCGGACUCUGCACCAUCUGUAUACGUUGUUUGCAUUGACGCAAUCUCGAGUGACGAACGCGCCGCUCUUCUUGUUGUUUCAGACCAUCUACUGGUCCCUAAGCGAGCUGGGCCUAGGACCGGGGGAGAUCACGAUAUCCUCACUGCUUCUGCAGUUUUCCUCCUUCUUCGCGAUGGGGGGAUCGAACGCGAUCUCGGGCGUGGACCUGUCGAACGCGUACAACGGCGUGAGCGGGUUCAACAUCGUCGCCGUGGGCGUCCUGACGUUCCUCAGCAACUGGGCCGGCCCCGUCUGGUGGGUGUCGGCGGCGAACCUGCUCCUGCUGGCGUCUGCGAAGCGCGGCGGCGGUGGCGGCCACGCGUAUGGGCAGCACGCGGCGGGGCUGACAGCGUUUGCGACGGUCAGCCUCGGGUUCGUGAUGGUGGCGUGCACGACGCUGAGGACGCACCUGUUCAUCUGGACGGUGUUCUCGCCUAAAUACCUGUACAGCAUGGCGUGGAGUUUAGGGCAGCAUCUUAUUAUCAAUCUAGGGUUCGGGGGUCUGCUGUACGGGCUCGGCUGCUGGCGCGAUGUGGCGCGUGGUAAGUAA